CUGCCCGCCCUCCCUCUCCCAGCCUACCUAUCAUACAGACACCAAGACGUCCAGAGAGAAGCCAUCAGAAGAUUUCAGUCAUAUCAGAUCCUAUCAGAUCAGAUCAGUCAAUCGGCAUCCCUGUGUGACCGUCGUCGUCUUUGCCGCCCGCUGCCAGUGUGCGGCGCCUCCCUCGUCUCCCCCCUCUCCGGCCGCUCGGGGCUGUUGCGUGAGGGCAUGCAGGUGCCGCUGUGGGGCAUGUCGCCGUGCUGCCACAUCGACAUGGACGGUGACAUGUCCAUCAGCCCACUGCCGCUGCCAGGGUGGGUGGUGGUGGUGGUCGUCGGGGAUGAGUCUUGUCUGGCGGGCCUCGCUGCUGCUGACUCGGACUGUGUGGCGCAUUGGUGUUCGAAUACGUCGGCGAAGUGCUGCCUAAUCCACCACUGGCCGCGCUGCCAAGACUCGUUCAAAGACGCCUUCACGAACGAGAUCAGGAUAGAAGGCCCAUGCAUUAUAGACAGACACAGAAUGAGUAGAGGCCCUUCCCUUCCCUUGCCUCUUUCUGCUGACUGACCUCCACUGCCUGAGGGUCUGGUUCCACCACCUCAGCCCCCCUGUCGCCCUGCGCAUCUGUAAGUCCCUCGGGUGAGAUGGCCUCCCGCAUCGAGCGCCCCGUGGGUGGGGCAAAGAAAUACUCCCACAGACUGAUCCUCAAUGCACGCGGCCUGCUGCCCUUGAGCCACGGAUUCUGAUGGAAUGGAAAGAAGGGGGCAGACAAGGCGAUGCGAUGGACGGAUGUGUGCAGUGCAACUGCACAUGUGCUGUGCGACCCGGUGUGUGUUCUGUGUGGUGUGUGUGUGUGUAGGGUACCCUUCGGUCAUCGAUGAGUCUCAUGACUGCUGGCUCCCUCUUGACGAGCUUGGUGAUGAACGCCAGCAGCCAGCCCGGCGCACCCUUGCCGAAACUAAACACACACAGACACGACACGACACGACACGACACAAGACACACGGCUCCUGGACUGAACGGUGCGGUGCCAUCCUGUUCUCUAUGUCACCUGAUCUGGGCGCCCAGUGCCGCCAGCUUGAUGAAGCGCAAUGGCACAAACCUGCAGGAAGGAAAAAAGAGAAUGUGGCGGAUGCACGGACAGAACGGUGCCAGUGGAUGGCUACCCUCUCCCCUCUGUCUACCAGAGUCUCCAGUCGAGUCUAGGAAGGUGUCCGAAGGCAAUGCACGGUGGGGUCCGGUCGAUGGCCCCCGGCUUGUAGUAGAGGUCGACUUCCACCCACCGCAUCUGUCCGUCCACCUCGUGCAGCUCCUCAAACACCAUCUCGAACCGGGAUGUAGUCAUGUUAGCAAACAGCCCUGCACAACGACCGACCGACCGACCGACCGACAGACAAAGAGAUGCAUGGAAAUCACCCAUCCAUCAUUUCAUUUCGUGUGUGUCUGUGUGUGGUUGGUGUGUCUGUGUGCAGUCUUGACUGCACUGACCGUACCGUAGGAGUUGCAGAGGCUGAUGGGGGCGAGGAAGUCGUGCAUCCAGAGGCACCAGUCGGGAGGCGCCACGCGGUAGCGGCGCCACACACGAAAAAGAGGCACACUAUUGCCACACACAUACACCUACACACAACACACACAACACACAACACACAACACACACAACACACACAACACACACAACACACACAACACACACAACACACACAACACACACAACACACACAACACACAACACACAACACACAACACAUCCGUAUUCAUGGAGCCUGCCUGUAGCCAUGGGAGGGUGGGUAUGCUUACUCACUGACCCACCAGCAUGAAGAGCAACACGAGGCACGUGACGGCCGCUGGGAGCCCCCUCCUCCGCCACUCCAUCAAGUCACGGAAAUCCCCACACACACCAGACAUGUCCACACUCCGCAGAAGCGCACCGUUCCUCUCCCCUGGGGAGGGACCCACCAAGGAAACAGCGACACAUGCACGGCUCUGGAAUGCAUUCAUAUUAUGAUGUGAUGUGGGCGCACCAGCGAUGGCUUUGAGAAUGCCGUCGUCGAGGAGGCUGAUAGAGAUGGCGACGGUGAGGCCAUUGAAGAAUCCGUAGUUGCCCGUCACACCGAUGAGCACCAUCAGGAGGGUGAAGCCCACGAAGGUGGCCAGCCGGCAGAAGCGCUCCCCGAAGAUGGCUAUGGGCAGGAGACACUGCAAAAAGUGGGUGCUGUAGCACUGGAACGCCUUCAUCGGACCCCAAUGCGCAAACCCUGCAUGUCAUGCAGGGGUCGAAGAGCGGACAACACACGUGCAGGCAGGCAGGCCUUUGCGUCACCUCUCCCUCCCUCCCUCCCUCCCUCCUCGCUCUCUCUCUCCUCGCUCACAUGAGACCGGAUUGGGCAGCGGCUGCGUGAAGUAGUGGUAGUGCAUUGCCGUGUGGUUGGCCCACUUGGGACAGCUGGACGCUGUCAAGACAAGACAAGACGCCAGCCAGAGAGCCACGUGCACACACGCUCUCCCUCGCUCACACAAGACCUCCGUCUGUCUUCUCUUUGUACUGACCGAAUUUGCAGAUGCCGGAUGAGAACAUGAGUUUGAAGAGGCAGAUGCGGAAGACGUGGCAGGUGAGUGUGGCCGCUAGGGGCGUGUGGCGGCUGCACGCCCAGCUGCCCACCACCCCUAUCACAUUGCACUCCAGCAGCAACGCGUCCCUGUGUGGGUGUAUGUGUGUGUCAGUCAAGACAAGGAAGGAUUAAGUCUGUGUGUGUCAGCAAGGCAAGGCAAGCCGCUUCUCGUUCGCACCCCCUCACCAUUGGAAGUUCAAGAAGUCCCUCCCUGACAGACAGACAGACAGACAGACCAAGGGUAAAAGCAACACACGCUCAUCGCCGCUCUCCAGCACGCCAGCCAAGGUCCCCCCUCCCUCCCUCUCUCUCUGCUGUCAGUGUGUCGCCCACCAGUGAGUUUGAAGUUGUUGUACAUGACGAAGAGCAGGAGAAAGGCGAGGCUCUGGACCGCACAGAUGGCCACACUCACAUAGGGCAGCCGCCACAUCCCGCUCGCAGGCACGAACCACAGCCCCGUCACCAGAAGCGUCAACACCGACACCACCAGCCCCGCAUAAGCAGCCAACGAAGGUCUGUCACUCCAGGGGCCUCGCCAGAACAGCACGCACCCCUUGAGCACCAGGUAGAGCAGAGGGGACCUCAAGGGCUGCUCAUUCGACGCAGCAAGACGCUCUUGCAUGAUGCUGACAGAUGACGAGAGGGGGAGGAUGCCUCCCGACGAGCUGAUGAGUCCAUCGACUUGCGGGACGAGUGAAGCGAAGGCGGCCACGUUGAUAGCGGCGAGUGCGGCGAGCAGGGCGCGCAGUGUGACGGUUGAAGAGAAGAAGCAGCCGCUCCACGCGAUGGAUGCCACCGAUAUAACGCAGAUGAGUCCAGACCAGAAAUGACAUGCCGAAUCGCUCAGAAAUGCUAUCGGAGCCUCCCGACCUUCCAUUUAUGACGGCACCAGCCUUGAUGAAGUUCACGC